CACUGCCUCUAAAAUGAGUCUUUCUGGGAAGAGAGAGGAGACCACUGCCUCGAAAAUGAGCCUCUCUGGGGAGAGAGAGGAGGAGACCACUGCCUCCAAAAUGACUCAAGACACCAGUUCUAAGAGUGUUCAGAAGCCCAGAGCAGAGUCCCCUACAACCAGCCUGCUAUCAAUGAAGAGUGAUCAGCCACCUGCUUUCAGCCAGGAACCAUUACCAGAUGACAAUAAGGAAGUGGAGAGUUUGGACAGUGAGGAUGCAUUAAAGAUCACACACAACCUUCUGGACAGAAGAAGUCAAACUCUGCUGACAGUCCAACAAGACAUUAAGGCUAAACUGAAACACAAGUAUCAACACAUAUCUGAAGGAAUUGGACACCAUGGAAACCAAAGUCUGUUCAAGGACAUCUACACAGAGCUCUACAUCACAGAGGGUGGAAGUGGAGGGCUCAAUAAUGAACAUGAGGUUAGACAGAUAGAGAUGGCAUCCAAGAAACAAACCACACAAGAGACACCAAUCAAAUGCAACGACAUCUUCAAGCCUUUACCUGGACAAGACAAACCUAUCAGAACUGUGCUGACAAAAGGAAUCGCUGGCAUUGGAAAAACAGUCUCUGUGCAGAAGGUCCUCCUUGACUGGGCAGAGGGAAAAGCAAAUCAGGACAUUCAUUUCAUGUUUCCUCUUCCUUUCCGUGAUCUGAACCUGAAAAAGGACCAAUACAGUCUGAUGCAACUUCUUUCCCACUACUUCCCAGAGCUGAAAGAGAUUGACAGCAUUGAAGAUGGUGAAACCAAAACUGUUUUCAUUUUUGAUGGUCUGGAUGAGUGUCGACUUCCUCUAGACUUCAAAAACAAUGAGAAGUGCUGUGAUGUCACGAAGCCAACCUCAGUGGACGUGCUCCUGACAAACCUCAUUGGGAAUCUGCUUCCCUCUGCUCUCGUCUGGAUAACCUCACGGCCUGCAGCAGCCAAUCAGAUCCCUCCUGAGUGUGUUGACCAGGUGACAGAGGUACGAGGGUUCAAUGAUCCACAGAAGGAUGAGUACUUCAGGAAGAAAAUCACAGAUCAGAAUCUGGCCAAUGAAAUCAUCAAACACAUGAAGACAUCAAGGAGCCUCCACAUCAUGUGCCACAUGCCAGUCUUCUGUUGGAUAUCAGCCACUGUCCUUGAGAUGAUACUGAAAGAGGCAGAGAAGGAUGAAGUCCCUAAAACUCUGACCCAGAUGUACUCACACUUCAUGUUCAUCCAAACCAUUGUGAAGAACAAGAAGUACAACAAAGCCACAGAGACAAACCCAAAGGAACUGUCUCAGUCAGACAAAGAGAUGAUCCUGAAACUGGCAAAGCUGGCUUUCCAACAGCUGCAGAAGGGCAACCUGAUCUUCUAUGAGGAGGACCUGAGAGAGUGUGGCCUUGACGUCACAGAGGCAUCAGAGUACUCAGCAUUGUGUACAGAGAUCUUUAAAGAAGAAUCUGGGCUGUACCAAGAGAAGGUCUACAGCUUUGUGCAUCUGAGCAUUCAGGAGUUUCUAGCAGCAGUGAAUGCUUUAGAAUCAUGUCUGGACAAGAAGGAAAAUGUUUUUCUCCCCACUAGUGAUGAUGAAGAGAAGGAGUCAAUCCAGUUGUCUGACUUACACAGGAGAGCAGUGGAGCAGGCCUUGAAGAGUGAGAAUGGACACCUGGACCUGUUCCUCCGCUUCCUUCUGGGUCUCUCUGAGUCCAAUCAGAAUCUGUUACGAGGCCUUCUGACACAGACAGAAAGUACCACACAGACCAAUGAGGAAACAGUUGAGAGAACAGUUGAGUACCUUUCAGACAAGAUCGAAAGGGAAUCCUCACCAGAAAGGAUCAUCAACUUGUUCCACUGUCUGAAUGAACUUGGUGCAAACUCUCUAGUUGAAGACAUGCAGACCUCCCUGCGAUCAGGAACUCUUUCAGAAACAAGACUAAAACCUGACCAAUGUUCAGCCCUGGCCUACCUGUUACUGAUGUCAGAGGAGGUGCUGGAGGAGUUUGACCUGAAGACUUACAACACAUCAAAGGAAGGUUAUCAGAGGUUGCUGCCGGUAGUGAAAACCUGCAAGAGAGCACUACUGGAUCACUGUAAACUCACGUAUGAAUCCUGUGAGACUCUGACCUCAGCUCUGCAGACACCAAACUCCCCCCUGAGAGAACUGAACCUCAGCUACAAUGACCUGGAAGACAGAGGAGUGAAGCGGCUCUGUGUUGGACUAACCAGUCCACUCUGCAACAUACAGACACUAGUACUGGAUGGCUGUAAACUCACAUAUAAAUCCUGUGAGGCUCUGGCCUCAGCUCUGCAGACACCAAACUCCCCCCUGAGAGAACUGGACCUCAGCAACAAUGACCUGGAAGACAGAGGAGUGGAGCUGCUCUGUGUUGGACUAACCAGUCCACUCUGCAACAUACAGACACUAGUACUGGCUGGCUGUAAACUCACAUAUGAAUCCUGUGAGACUCUGGCCUCAGCUCUGCAGACACCAAACUCCCCCCUGAGAGAACUGGACCUCAGCUACAAUGACCUGGGAGACAGAGGAGUGGAGCUGCUCUGUGUUGGACUAACCAGUCCACUCCGCAACAUACAGACACUAGUUCUAGGUCAGUGUGGUCUGACAGAGGGUUGCUGUUCACAUCUGGCCUCAGUCCUGAGUUCACCCAACUCACAACUGAAACAACUGGAGCUGAGAGACAAUGACCUGCAGGACUCAGGAGUUACACUGCUGUCUGCUGGACUGGAGGAUCCAGACUGUAAACUACACACACUGGGGCUGUCUGGCUGUCUGGUCACAGAGGAGGGCUGUGCUGCUCUGUCUUCAGCUCUGAGGUCAAACCCCUCCCACCUGAAAGAGCUGGACCUGAGCUACAAUCACCCAGGAGACUCUGCAGGUGGACUGCUUUCAGCUGCUCUGGUGGAUCCCACAUAUAAACUGAUGAAGCUGAAUGUGGAUCAUGGUGGAGAGUGCAGGCUCAAAUCAGGGCUGAGGAAAUAUGCCUGUCAUCUCACCCUGGACCCAAAUACAGCAAACCCAAACCUGAUACUGUCUGAGGGGAACAGGAAGGUGACACGGGUGAAAGAGAAGCAGCAUUACGAAGACCAUCCAGACAGAUUUGACUAUCAUUCCCAAGUUCUCUGCAGAGAAGGCUUAUCUGGAGGUCGUUGUUACUGGGAGGUGGAGAGGGAUAGUGGCAUGGCUAUCAUUGGUGUGGUGUACAAAGGAAUGAAGAGGAAGGGAAAGGAGGAUGACAGUAGGAUUGGAGCCAAUAAGAAGUCCUUGAGUUUAUUCUGCUAUGAUAGAGGUUAUGAAUUGAUAGUCUUAUUCCAUGCUAGAGUCGGUAGAUCCAUCUCUGGUCCUGUUUCUAACAGAGUUGGUGUGUAUCUGGACUGGCCAGCUGGUAUUUUGUCCUUCUAUAGUGUGUCCUCCUCUGGUACACUGACACACCUUUACACAUUCUACACCACAUUCACCGAACCCCUCUAUCCUGGGUUUGGGAUUUCCUUCUCCUCAGUGACCCUGUGUCAGAUAGAUGACCAACACAUUCAGAGAGACCAUGGUGGAGAGAGUUGGAUCAAGCCUGGACCUGAGAACACCAGAGACCAUGGUGGAGAGAGUUGUAUCAAGCCUGGACCUGAGAAAUGGAUUCCUCAGAGCUGUAAGACUUGUGGCCAUGUUGAGGACUCCACACACUGGCUUCAGAUUGAACCUUUGACUUCCACUGUCCAGGGAGUGAAAAUGUUCAGACACAGGACACCCAAAGGGAGUUAUGAGUGCACAGUGUCUGGGCUCCGCUGGCUGUGUGAGAGAGAUGUCAUUCUGAAGUAUCACUUCAGGAACUGGGAACCCUACAGUCACCUUCUGAAAGACAUGCAGUACACACAAGGUGGUCCAUUGCUGGACAUCACUAUGGAGUUAGGUGAACUGGAGGAAGUUCAUCUGCCACACUGUGUAUGUUUAGGGACCAACCCUUCCCUGAGGAAUGAGAUGAAGAUUCUUCAUGUAGAGGAACAUGGAGUGUCUUUAGAGGAAGUGCAUGAGGUCACCAGAUUCCAUGCUAAGAUUCUCCAUCCCAAGUUCUCAGCUAUCUCUGUUAUACUGAGAUAUAUAUUUUCUUGGAACUUAGAUGUCCACUGUGAGCUGAUGCUCUAUCUGACAGUGAAAAAGCAAACACUAAUUCCACGCCUAUACCUGUUCCCCAGUAACCCCGGCCAAAUACUGGCUGUGGAACAACAGGAAUCAAAGUUUCAAGGGUCUAAAAGGAUUCCCAUCACAAGACCAGAGCAGUCCUUAGAACUGAAUAGUUCCUUCAGACUGAACAUUCCCUGUUCUACCUCCAUCUUUCCACCGAGGAUUCAUCUCAUACAUAGAGACACCACACCAAGCUUUUUCAAGGUGGUUAUGAAAAUUACAGAGAUUGAGAUGGAGUUAAUCGGUGAUGAUGAGAGGAUAGUAUGGAAAGAAAUUGUACCAACAGAUGAAUACAUCACUGAAACCCAUUCAACUAGUGCUGUGUUGGGGGCAGGGCGUCCGGCUGAGAGCAGUCUGACUGGUUCUGCAGAGAAGCAGCUGCGUUCUGUACGGACAGAGUUUGUGAAACGAGUAUCAGGACCUGUCCUGAAUGAACUGCUGGACGGACUCCUACAACACACAGUCAUCAACCAGGAGGAAAUGGAGUCAGUGAAGGUGAUAGCUGAGAGGACAGAGAAGGCACGUGAGAUCAUCGACAUGGUGUUGAGAAAAGGAAAUGAGUCAUGUUCCAGGAUGAUCAACCUUCUUGGGGAGCUGGACCCCUGUCUUUGUUCACUGCUUCAGAUCAACAGUGUUCGAGUACCAACCUAAUGGUAGAAUGGUUAGUAACAGUGUUGGGGUAACAACCUAAUGGUAGAAUGGAUAGUAACAGUGUUGGAGUACCAACCUAAUGGUAGAAUGGAUAGUAACAGUGUUGGGGUACCAACCUAUUGGUAGAAUGGAUAGUAACAGUGUUGGGGUACCACCCCUAAUGGUAGAAUGGAUAGUAACAGUGCUGGGGUACCAACCUAAUGGUAGAAUAGAUAAACAGUGUUGGGCUACCAACCUAAUGGUAGAAUGGAUAGUAACAGUGUACAAACGUUAUGGAGAAAAAACAUUGUAUGUGUGUGUGACGACUCUCCCGGGGAUAAAUACACCUUUCCCCCCAUUCAUUGAGGAGACUCUUUCCACCCAGACACACUGUUGUUUUUCGUUGUGGCAUUUCAUUUGUUCAUUUGUUUUGGCACCUCUCAACAGCCCUCAUUAUCACCAUCUGUGAACACAUCCACUCCCUUCCACUACUGACUACACACCCCAUUGUUACUUGUAUAUAGUUGACUUUAUAUAAUAAAUAUGUUUUUCUAUA